UUAUGUUGCACGCAUCCAUGGCAGAAAAUGGAAGUAACUCAGUUUGCAAUCACAGAGGAGGAAAGCUAAAACACACAUCAUUUCUUUUUCUUUUUUCAUUUUUCUGAAAUGGGUCUUCUUUCUUUCAUGCUCUUGAACAAAUUCUUUGCAAAAAUCUGAUUUUUAUUGUGUUUCUUGAAAUUCCGGCGGCAGAUUGCGGUGGCCGGAGCACGGUGACUGGUGGGUGGUUGUUAGUUAGAUGAAAGGGGUGCCCUUACCCUUUGAAUUUCAAAGAAAGGGAGUUGUACCUUGUGCAGAAAAAGUUGUACAUUUUCAAGAUUUUGUGAGCAAGAAAAGAAAGUACUUUGAAGAACCAAAAUCUGUGCUGGAUAAUAUUAACAGUAGUCCAAGCCCACCCACUUCCACUUCAACCCUGUCUGGUAGCGGCGGCGGUGGUGGUGGUGGUGGGUUCACGGCGGUUUCCGGCCAUCUUGAAAAAUGGGUGUCGCCGGAAAAUCAAGAAAACCGGUUACCGGAACAACAUGUGGUGAAUGUAACCGGUGAAGAAAAAUGUGGUGAAAUGGAGGAUUGGGAAAGUGUGUUGUCGGAAACCGGUCAAGAACAGUCUAUUCUCCGGUGGAUUAUGGGGGAUGUUGAAGACCCUUCAAUGGGUUUGAAUAAAAUGCUUCACGGUGGUGCUACGGCUGAAGACGGCGGCGGAAUGUCAACCGGGUUUGGUGUUGUGGAUCAAGGUUAUCUUGGUUUUGAUUCCGGUAAUAUUAAUCAAAUUUCUCAUAAAUUUAAUGAAAAACAUGGGUUAUCUAACUUAUCUUUAACACCACCGCCGCCGCCGUCGUUGCCGGCGGCGGCCGCCAUGUUUUCCGGCCACCACCACCAGAAGGUUGAAGACCCUCAUAGCCCUUUUGUGUCCCGGUUUAAUUCAUCACAAAUUCAUCUAGUGGAUGUGAAACCCCAACUGGUAAUCAACCAAAAUCAAUCUCAACCCCAUCAAAAUCCAAGCUUUUUUGUGCCAUUAGAACAUCAAACCCUAAAUCCCCCACACCCAAAAAGGUACAACUCAGGAAGCACACAGUCCAACUUCCAAAUGCACAAAACCCCUUUUCUUGAUUCACCCCCAAACCCUCUUCAAUUGCCAUCAUCAAUCAAGAAAAUGUCAGGCAUUGAUGAGUUGGACCAUCAUCAUCAUCAUCAAGGGAUCAUUGACCAGCUUUUCAAGGCAGCUGAAAUGGUUCAAUCCGGGAACAAUCCGUUACUCGCGCAAUCGAUAUUGGCGCGGCUCAAUCAUCAGCUUUCUCCGAUCGGUAAGCCUUUCGACCGGGCUGCUUUUUAUUUCAAGGAAGCUCUUCAAUUACUAAUUCAUUCAGUUGUCAACAAUAUGAAUCCUAUUGCUUCACCGUUUAGUUUGAUUUUCAAAAUUGGUGCUUAUAAAUCAUUCUCCGAGGUUUCGCCGUUAGUUCAAUUCACCAAUUUCACUUGUAAUCAAGCCUUGCUUGAAGUCUUGGAUGGGUUUGACCAGGUGCAUAUAGUUGACUUUGAUAUUAGGUAUGGUGAUCAAUGGGCUAGUUUUAUGCAAGAGCUUGCUCUAAGAAGCAAUAACAAUCGAACCCCAUCGUUAAAAAUCACAACUUUUGCCUCACCCACAAACGACCACAUCGAACUCGGCCUAACCAGGGACAACUUGAUUCAAUUCGCUAGCGAAAUGAACAUCGGGUUUGACUUUGAGAUAGUCAACAUUGAUGUUCUUGCUUCCGUUUCUUGGUCUUUACCCUUUCGUGCAUCCGAUAAUGAAGCCAUUGCUGUUAAUUUACCCAUCAGUACGGUUUCAAACUACCAAAUCCCGUUACCAUUGGUUAUCCGUUUCAUUAAGAAUCUUUCACCCAAGAUUGUGGUUUCAGUUGAUCGUGGGUGUGAAAGGACGGAUUUACCCUUCCCGAGCCAUCUAAUUCACGCUCUUCAGUCUGUCUCGAACCUACUCGAGUCUCUUGAUGCUGCGAACAUGACUCCAGACUCGUUACAAAAGAUUGAACGGUUCUUGAUCCAGCCAGGCGUCGAAAAGAUCAUAACCGGAAGGUUUUCUUUCCCGGAGAAGACUCAGCAUUGGCGGUCACAGUUUGUAUCAAGCGGGUUUUCUCCGUUAACGUUUAGCAAUUUCGCAGAAAGUCAAGCGUUGUGCGUGAUUAAGAGGACUCCGAUUCGGGGAUUUCACGUUGAAAGGAGACAAUCGGCGCUUGUUCUUUGCUGGCAACAUCGGGAACUCGUUUCAGCUUCUGCUUGGAGAUGUUGAAACCGAAGAAAGAUCGGAAGAUGGAUUGUGGGGUAAUAACACUUUGGUUUUAGGUCUUUUUUUUGUCAUUUGGCUACUUGUAUUGUAAUGUUUAAUUUGUUUCUAUGUAACAAACAGAAGGAACCAGACAUUUUAGGGAUGAUGGUGUUCUUUAGUAUAUGAAUAUGCAUUAUUGUUUUCUUUC